ACAUCAUCUAAUGUCAUGUCCGUCAGUCCAUCACGAGCGCCUUUUGUGAUGUCAUUCUGCAUUGAAUAUUAUAAGAAAUUUUAGCAAAUUUGACCAUUUUAGAGUGUUUAGUGUGUGAAAUUAAUAAACAGUACAUCCAAAUAAAGUGAUCCAUACUAAAUACCGCAUACCAAAUCAAAACAAUAAACACAAUUUCGGUGUGCAAAAAAUUGGCGCGUAAUCGCGUUAGUGCUUUGAAGCGUCCAUUUAUUUUUUUAUCUAACCAAACCAAAACCGCAUUAGGAAAACAAAAUAUUUUCUAUUGGCGCGGAAUAGAGUGCUACAGAAUAGUCCAUGUGCAAAGGCAACCCAAAUAAAAUUUAAUUUCUUUGAUCGGGAUUUUGCGAACAACAAGAAAUUCAAAAUGUCUCAAAGUACACCGCCUCCAACAGGCGCGUCGAAUAACUUACAAACUAUCAAAUCGAAACAUGAACAAAUAUGUUUAGCUUUGAACAUGGACAGUGAGACCACUCGAAUUUCUUGGGAAAGUUAUGAGCAACAAGCUGGCACCGAAAAUUUGCUGGAGGGCAAUCAAGAUCAUUGGCUUUGCUGUGCCAUUUAUGCAGCAUGUCGUAGUCGACCGGUAGCAGCAGUUUCUGGUGAAAAUACCAGUCCUUUACAAGGCAACGGAGUAUCAUUAACACAAUUAUUACGGAAGUGCAACAUUACGUUCCAUACAUUCUUCAAACUGAUGAAAGAAUGGAUUGACUUUUUUGGCGCCAGCGAGGACCUGCACUCACGAAUCAAUCGGUUGAGUAACAAUUUGGCCGUUUCAUUGUUGAUAUACGAGAAGUAUCGCAUCAUUUACAAGGACCUGUUUGUAUCAUUGCAAGGUGAUGAACCGAAGAAAAGCAGCAAAAAAUCAAAGUCUCCACCGUGUACGUCCAACAAAUUGUACGAGUUUUGUUGGUAUUUGUUUGUUUGCGCCAAAACCGACUAUCACAGCUACAGUAAAUCGCGCGAAAAUACAGUGGAUCUAGUAACGUCUUAUCAGUUGUUGUUGUGUUGUGUUGACCUUCUGUACGCUAACGUUUUGGAAGACCGAACCGAAUUAAUCAAUUCGGAAUUUGGGGUCGUAAAACAGGACACACGACCGGUGUGCAUCAUAAAAACGCUCUGUGAACGACAUGAUGGUCUGGUGAUUGACGCACAAGAAAUUAAGCAAUACGCAUGGCGCGACAUUAUAAACAAGUACAUCGAGGCGGGCACAUUGAAAUGUGAUGGCAAAACGUUUUUGGGCCUGCUGACUAUCGAUAAUUUUGACAACAAUCUGAGGGAAUUGAAGAAACUCUACGCGGAAUAUGUCCUGAAAAUCGUUGAAAUUGACGAAGGAAUUCUGUUGUCGACAUCAAGCGAUCCAAAGUACAACAAGACGUUCCAGAGCGAAGUUGACGAAAGUACCAGGCAAUUUAUGCCUGAGACACCAUUAACACAGCGAAAUAGUUUACGUUCGAACACAACAAAGAUGACACCAGUUACAAUGUCCGCUCGUAUGGUACAAACGUUGCGUUUGCAACUAGGCGAAUAUUCUGCCGAGCCGCCUGCAGCCCUGAAUGACGUCUUAUCCAAUUGUCCCGAAGAUCCAUUACCAAAAAUUCGUUUACUGCUGGACGAUAUGUCGGCCAAAUUUUGUGAAAAAUUUGAAACCAAUCCGCAGGAACGUUUCCAAUUGGCGGAGAUGCUCUACUACCGUUUGUUGACAAACAUUUUAGUGAAGGAGAUGAAGGAAAAGGCCAAUUUCGACGUUAGAAUUUUGAAUUUGGAAGCGUUCCAAGCUGCACUCAUUGCCAAUUCGGUUGAAAUUGUCACGUUCGCGUAUCGAUCAUCACAAAAGUUUCCGUUCGUUUUGGAAUGCUUCAACAUGGACGCGUUUCUGUUUUACAAAACCAUCGAGGUGAUUGUGUCGAAUCACGGAGAAUUAUUGUCCAAUGACGUGAUCAAACAUCUCAUUGCGAUCGAAGAGCAAUGCAUCAGCGAGCUGUCAUGGAGGAGCGACUCAGCGUUGUGGGAUAAGAUCCAUCAAUGUGGCACCACAUUGCCGGGCCAACAACUCGCCGAUAUGCAUGUGUCACCAAAUAAAUCACCACGCGAGGCCGUGUCCAAGCAAUUGUUUAUCAAUGACGAUGCCACAUCCGUCCCGUCCAGUUCGACCAAUGGAACAUCAACGUGCAAUAGCAAAUCACUUUUACUGUUCUUUAGGAAAUUUUAUCGUAUCGCGUAUCUACGCAUCGUCGAUUUGUGCCAACAUCUCGACUACACCGACACCAAACACUUGCAAAAGAUCUGGACGAUAUUCGAGAAUGCAAUCACGAAACAAUUUCAUUUAAUGAAAGAUCGCCAUCUGGAUCAAAUUCUGAUGUGUUCGAUCUACGUGUUUGGGAGGAAUAGCAAAUUCGACACCACAUUCAAGGACAUAAUGACUUCUUAUCGCAAACAACCGCAAUCCACAAGCGAUGUGUACCGAGACGUUCAUAUGAGCCCUAACGAUUACGAUCGCGACGGUGAAGAUGAUGAGACAACGAAAAAAUGUGACAUCAUCAAAUUCUACAAUGUGUGUUACGUCAAGGCGAUGCAGGAAUUUGUCAUCAAUACGAAAGAAGAAAGUAUGCUGUCACCAUUGCCGCCGUACAUCAAAAGUGUGUCAUCACCACGUAAAAUUUCCAAAAAUCAUUCGCUGUACAUUCAAAUGUAUCGAUCGAACGAGUGCAUACCACAAUCGCCUGGCUCUGUGGCCUUAUCAUUUUGUAGCCCGCUUAUGGAGGAUCUAAAAUUGUCACAAAACCGUAAGCGAUCGCCGUACAGUCCAGUCAAUAAUGACACUAGGCCAAUAAAAGCAGUACGUUUGUCUGGCAACGAACAACAGUCCUAUGUGCCUAGAAAUCUACAGAGUCUUAUAAAAGAUCGACAAGAAAAUUCGGGUAAAUAAAUCUGUUUUUCAAAAAAAAAAAAAAAAUGAAAGCGAAGGGAAAAAACAAUAUUUUGUAUGGCUGCGUUAAGCGGGUAAAAAGAGAACGGAAAAACAGACGAGUGCCCAUUUUAAAUGAAAAUGAAUUUUAUUUUAUUUUAGUUUCGAAUAAAGAAAUUUACAAUUAAGUUUAAAUUACUAAAACAAAAAACCACUACAAUUACAAUGAACGACUCAUCGGUCCGAUAGUCACAGUAAAAAUAACCCAGCUGCAAGAAAUAAAAAAAAACAAUUCAAAUCCCAAGUAGAGGACAUUUGCCUUUACCCCUUUUCAAUUUUCACCAUUCAUAAAUAAUAAAUAGCACACGUUGAUCGACCGGUAUUUGUUGAAGAAAGAGCAUCGUAUGCUCUACUAAUGAGACAAGAGGUUCUUAAUGAUAUAAAAAUAAAUUGUCACGAGAACUGAAAUUGCGUUUUGGAGAUAUACUUCGUGUCAAAACCUAGAGAAUGAGACGAAUGGGAAGACACAAUCAAACGAAUCAGAAUCAUACACUGCGGAGACUAACAUUCUCUUUUGUGAACAUCCAAAUUUCCAAUGAUGGUAUUCGUACAUGAAACUUACCAAUGGGAAAUUCAUGAACAAAAUGUGUCAUAAUCUUCGCACAAUAUGGAUCACUCUGCAUCCAAUUCGAUUAUUCAUAGCGGGCGUAGUUGUUUCAUCUACGAUGUUCAUUCCACACAAACCAAGACGAUCGCGUUGAAUUGAAAUUCUUUUUUUUUUGAUGACCACUUCUGAAUUAGAGAAAUAAAAUUUGCUUUUCAAAGAGUGGCGUUCGGGACAAAAAAGAAAAUAAAAAGCUUACACAGAAACGCAGUACAAAAUUGUAAUUUAAGCAUAAAACGCGAUGUGAUUUUAACGUAAAUGUAUUUUUAGCGAGAGAGAGAGAGAAAAAAAUAUG